GUCAAUUCAAUAUAUAGUACUCAGUAUAAUACUUACGAUGCGGGACGGCGUCUGGGGGUUAUACAACGGUACUCGUACUUCGUAGUCCGUUUAGUCUGCGACCCUAUAAUAGCCCCUUUUAGGCGCGCUAAGACUCUUCCGAAGCGAACUCACCUGAGACACCUCCCCCUUCUCCCCUUUCUCAUCCGCAUGCUCGUCCAACCAAAAAAAAAAAGCCAAUUAAUUGCAACGACUAAAUAAUGGCGAGUGAAUGGGCGCAAGUUAGCGGCGACGACAAUGACGCAGCGUCAAAAGACAACAAUGGCGAACCCCGGGAAGAAACAUCCUUCCACGCCAUCCCCCCAGCCAUGCACAGCGUCCUGACCGAACUAACCACCGCCGCGGGCUUCUUCCUCCCCCCCCCCCUGCUCCCCACCGCCGCCGCCGCCACGCUGCCCAGACCACCGAAGCAGCUUCCAUGGAUGCACGACGCAGUCCGCCUCGCGACGUCGCGCCCCUCCACCAUCUGGGCGCUCGCUCGCCCUUCCCUGCUUUGCGAAGGGUACGUCGCGGCCAGUGUGUAUUUCGUCCUCGCCAUCCUCCUCAACCACGCGCGGCGCAUGCUGGCGCCUUGGGCGGGGACGUUGUCCGGGGCGUGUUUCGCGCAUUCGGCGACGCCGUUGGCGGAUUUGAAGCUCGCGGUGGGGAGCGCGCAUAUUUUCCUGGAUGAGGUCCUCUCGUGUUCUGUCUGGAGGGGCGUCGCGCGCGGCGUGGUGGUGAAGGGGUUUGUGGAGCUGGGUGCUGCGGUUGCUGUUCGGUGGCUUGUUGAGGAGACGGGAACGCGAGGAAGCAAAGCGAAGACGAAGGCGACAAGGAUGACGAGGAUGGGAAAGGGAAUUUCAAUUGGGCUUGAUGUCGCGCGGUUGGGGUUCCUUGUCUGGAUGCUUGCUGCGGCCGAGUACGCGCAGGCUCGGUCUUGUCGUGUGGUCGCCGUCGUCCUUGCGUGUGGGAGGUCGGUGCUCGGGUCGUCGGAUCAUCGCGUUGCCUUGGCGAGGGUUCUGACGAAACACGGGUGGGCGAAGGUGCUGGCUCAGUGUUGGUGCGUGGGAUUCUAUCUCUGUUUCGCCAUUGUCCCGCUCUUUCGGGGUGCCGUUGGCCAGGCGGCUAGGGGUCGGUUUGGGUUGUUUGGGCUGCUGGGAGUUGUGGUCUAUGUCACGUACCUGGUUACGCGGUAUUCGAACAAGUACUACAUGGUUCUCGAGCUAUGGGGUCUGGUGAUGGUUUACUGGUGGGUUGUGGUCGGUACGGUGGUGUUAGGGGCGCAUUGGCUCUGGGAUUGCCGACAUGAGAGACUUGUCCGUGAUGGAGGAUAUGGGGAAGAGGAUGAAGAGACGAAAAAGAAGCGUUGACUAUGUUUAUUAUCGCUUUAAGUUACCAAUUCAGAAGUCUAUUCUAUUUUA